AGUAAACGUUUUUUCAAUGAAACAUGAAGUCAUCAGUUUUGUUUCCAUUUUUAUAAUUUUCUUACUCGAAAAUGAUACUAGGUUUUCUACUGUGCAACCCUAGAUCAACUUAAAUAAUGGAAGAAGAUGCUACAGAUAUUUUCACCAGCUAUAAUACUCGACAAUGACGGCCCAGAUAGAGCUAUUUGAGCGCUUCUUAUCUGUACGCUGUCUUGCUCACUGCAGCCAACAGGGACAAAAAUCAGGGCCUCGACCCAAAAAGGGAGUAGACGAGCCUUGUAUUGCUAACCAGGGGAAAUAGCACGCCAUUAAGGACUUGGUGAACUUGGUGAAAGUCCGUGGUGAACCACUUUUGACAAGAUGCUGUACGUGUUUCUGGUUGAUGUUGGUGCCAUGUACACCUUUGAAAUGGAAAUGGCGAUGGAGAGUGUGGAGACAUUGAUGGGUUCUAUUGCAUCAUCUGCCGGGAUCCCUGUGGACAAGCAGGUGCUGUUGAUUUGUGGCGGUGAAGCCUUGGAUCCUAAUGACCGGGUGUGCAACUAUAGUAAUGCAGGCACAGAUACAAGCCCCAUCUACCUGUUUAGCAAGAGCACAAUAGAGUCCUCUGUCCCACCCUCGCCAAGCCUAAACCUUGGCUCAGAGGCCAGUCUGAAGGAGCAAGCAGAGAUCUCCUUCAAACUCCCACCUACCUAUGAAACCUUGGUAUCCAGGGCACAGUUGGCUGCUGAGUUCCAUCAUUAUGCCCUGGAAAUUGCUCAGAGCUGUGACUGUUUGAUCAGUGAGCAAAAAUUCCAGCAAUUGGGAUGGGGUGCAGUGGUUGCUAACUUGGAGAGCAUUUCAAGGGAGUUCAAUGAUCGAGCUGUCAGUGUACAGCAAAGCUAUGCAGAAUUUCUUGAAUCAAGACCAAGAUAUCAAGAAAUGUUGUCCAGCUUUAAGGAGAUGCUUCCGCUGUUGGGAAAAAUUCCAGUUUUACACUGCCUUCUAUCAAGCCAGCACCAGCAGUUAAAUUGGCCUCAAAUGGUGGAUGGUAUCACACUCUUGGACUGGAUUAGUGCUCAGGACAAUAAGUACAGCUUGCAGGACAUGGUGACGCAGUGCCAGGCUGCUGUGGAACAGUUUGAUCAGACAGUGCUUGAGGAUGUCCUGACUGAGGUUAAUCAGGUCCAAGAGGCUCUGGAGAAUGAAAGCAUGAAAGAAAUCAAGGGUCUAGAGGAGCGACUUGAAGGCUUGCAGCAGCUAUUGCAGAAGGUCCAGGAGCUUGUCCAGUCACAAUCAGACAUGGCACAGGGAUUUCUACAGAAUCAGACCAGAGCACAGAAUAUUGGUGAUCCGUCUGUAUUGCCUGAUCUUUGUGCCAGUCAUCAAAAACAGCUGAUGAUGCUUCUGAAAAACCACUCUCAACUUAGGGAUUUCAGACGACGCUCAGCCAGGGCCAAAGAUGAGCUUUCCAUCAACCUCCACACCAGACUAAGGUGGAUAAUGUAUGUGGAAAAGAAGGUGUGUGAUUGUGAUAGCACUCUGAUAAUUUAUCAUGAAAACAUCAGGAGGAUCAAAAGAAGGCUUGACAUCUUGGAACAAGUAGAGGAAGCACCUAAGCUGUACAUACUUGCAGUAGCGGAAGUUGUGCGACGGCGCUCAUUUUCAUCUCAGUACUACAAGUGGGCACUGAAGCUGCAUGAAAGUGCAGCUCAAACACAUGCCGAGGAGUUAGCCAGAAGGGAGGACUUUGCUGAGUUGUUUGGGAGGCAUUUCUUACAUGCCAUGUUCACUGGAAUGGAAGAUAGGCCCCCAAAAUUAUUUGAUAAACCACCAAAAGAGUUUGACCAGCGUCUUCCAAUCAUAACAGAAAAUGACCUUCAGCAACUUCAGACAUCUGUUCCAGAGCUCUCAGAAUAUCUGGACAAGAGUUAUGAUGCCAACAACAUCAGCAUGCUGGAUGUCACCCUGUCAACAACACCUAUCACUUCAGAAACACAGUCAGCCUCAGCCGCAACAUCCAUGAGCAGGUGUGUCUGCACCAUGAGUGUCGACACACAGGAUGAUGGAGAGAGUGGUGUUGCAGAUGGUAAAGAGAUGCAUAUUAGUAUGGGGAAGGGGACAGACAUGAGUGUAGUACAAGAACCAACUGAUGACACAGCACACAUAGUGCUCGCUCCAAGUGAUGCUGAGGAGCCAGCCAAGGAAUGUAGCAGCCAAAGUGAAGCCGGAUCUGACAGUGACUUGAUGUUCAGGUCUGCACAAGAGGACUAUGUGACAGUGGCAGAGGCUGACUUGGGAAAAGAAUUCACAGAGGAGCAAUCACUAAGUGUUGAGGAUCAAGUCUUGGGUAGUCACAAUACAAGUCAGACCCUUACUCUCACCAGUUCUGGCUCUCAAAGCUGUGAAACUAGCACACAGACGGAUGAUGGUCUUGAGAACAAGGCUGAUGAUGAAAGUGCUUCUGAGGAGAGUACGCCAGUGCAGCAAGAAGAACAACCAGCAACCAUAGAGACAACAGAUGCACCAUCGAUGAACAAAAUUAUACAACUAGAGGAACAGUUGCAGUUUUACAAAAAAGAAUUGAAUAGUGUUACAAUGGAGAAGGAAAAAAUAAAAAAUGACAAUUUUCAGACUGGAAAUCUGUUUGGUGAGACAUUGACUAAUCUUAGGGAGAAUCUUUCACAAACGAGACAAAUGGUUAUUGAUUCUAGAACUCAAUUUAAACAUGAGAUAGUUGAAGCAUUAGAGAAAUUAAGUUCUACAUUAGAAAAAGCUUCAGAAUUGACACAAGAAAGGACUAGUAAAGAAUAUAAAAAAAUCUUAAGAGAAGUUACUGAUAAAUAUGAUAAAGAGAAGAAACAUUUGCUUGAAGAAAAAACACAUUGUGAGAUUGAGAAAAAUGAUGUUGAAAUCAAGCUACAAAGUGUGAUGGCAGAAAAGGAAGCAUUGGAAAUCCAGCACAAGGAUAAAGUGGAGGAACUAAAUUCAUCUCUUGGUAUUCUUCAAACCCAUUUUGAAGAGCAAAAGUCAUUGGCAAUGAAACUAAAAGAAACCAAAGAACGCUCAGAAGAAGACCAACAAACAAGAUUCAAUGCCAUAAUUAUGCGCUUAAAAAGGGAGCGUGACCAAAUGGUAGGACAACUAAAUGAGAAGUUAACUAUGCUUGAAGGUGAAUAUGAGAAGCAGCAGCAACAUCUGGAAGUUUUAGAACAAGAGAAAGUAGCAUUACAACAAACAAAAGAGGAAGAUUCAAUGAAAUUCACCAAGAAGGAAAAAGAACUGCUCACAGCUCUUAGUUGCACAGAAGCUAAGCUGCAUGAGAUUCAGAGCACUGUCGAGGAGAGAGAGAGGGAGUUUGAAGGACAGUUACAAAAGGAGAAGGCAUCAGCACUACUGCUAUUGGAAGUGGAACGGCAGAUGUGGGAAGCUGAGCACCUAAAGGAGAGCAGCAUGGAGGUAGAUGAAGCAAGUGGUGGAAUUGUUACACAGAAUUAUCAAGAGAAAAUCAGGCAACUGGAACAGGAGAACAAGAUACUGAGUACAAAGCUUGCAAAUCAGACAGAUGUUCUCAGCAAGACAGUGAUGGACUUUGAGGAAUCAGAAAUCAACCCUGUCAUAGCUCAAGCUAAGCAGGCAUUGCAAGAUAAAGAUGAACAGAUCAAACAUCUACAACAGCAAAUGGAGCAACAGCAAGGUACAGCUGGUUCUGUGCCGAGGAAUGACAAAGUCAGUCUAAAAGAUUUUCAGAGUGGAGACCUGAUUCUUCUGGUGUUUGACCCUCGCUAUGAAAACUACCUGGUGUUUAGCACAGCGUCUGCCCUGUACUUCCUACACCCAGAUUCCAUGGCCAUGCUGGACAUUGCCACAACUGGACCCAAGAGGCGAGACUGGAGUUUGGCCAUCCUUACAGACAGAGAGUACUGCCAGGCCAAAAAGGCCAAUAACCGCUUCCAUGUACCUGUGGGGACAAAGUUCUAUCGAAUUCAAGCAAAGCCAUGGGAGAAGUGAAAGGAGUCAAUUCAAUCCAUGGGACAAGUGAAAGAAGUCAGUUCAAGCAAUCAGGAAUGUGAAGAUAAAAGGUAGAUUCUUCCAGAUAUUAAUAGGGAGUGUUUGAGGUAGAAGCCCAAAAGUAAGGGACAGCAGUGUGUCCUCUUGGUUAAUUUAUCAGCAUGUACUACUGAGAAGUGAAGAGAAUGUGGUGUGUAAGAACUGCUAAGCCAGGUUAAUUCAAACUUUCCAUAACGUAUCUAGGGUUUGGCCAAGCAUGCUGAAACCCUCUCCCCCUAUUCUCAAAGCUUUCAUAUAAAAUAUACAAGGAAAUCCACAGAAGAAUAACAUAUCCAGGCCCACCCCCUUCUUUCCAACCCCACUUCAGUCUUUGUGAACAUUUUUUUCUACCUUUACUGAGACUUACAAGAUCCAAAAUGCAUAAUGGCGAAAUUUUCAAAAAAAUAUAAUAAUUGGUAUUGGUUCAGGUUAGACUUUGUGAAAAAGGAAUACUGAAAGCUAUUGGUAUUCUGCUUUUAAAACAAUUAUUUUUCUAUCUGGUACAGUCAAAAUGAUAUUAAAAUUGUGGGUCAUUGGGUAGUUAUAUAUUGUAUAAGAGGAAGAACCUCCAAAAUGUACAAUUUUGUAUUGAUAUAAUGUAACAUAUUGUGUAGUAAUGUUUUAUUUUUAUUAACUUUAAAAUUUAUAAAGGCUGCAUGUUACUGUUUUAUGAGCUGUAGAGCCAAAUAAAUGAUUUGUGAUCCCAAGAGAUCCACAAUAAUAAUGCAAUCUAUUCAAGAAAUAAAGUAUUGAAAUAAA